CCGGCUGAGCGGAACGAGCCGGGCGCCGCCGUCCGGGCGCGGGAUCCCAGUCGGGCGGGAUGGAGGAGGGCGGCGUGUUCGACUCGUUCCUUUCCGGAGCUUGUGUGCUCUUCACCCUCGGCAUGUUCUCCACCGGCCUCUCGGACCUCAGGCACAUGCAGAUGACCCGAAGCGUGGACAGCGUCCAGUUCCUGCCCUUUCUCACCACGGAUGUCAAUAACCUGGGCUGGCUGAGUUAUGGGACCCUGAAGGGAGACGGGACACUCAUAUUCGUCAAUGCAGUGGGCGCCGUGCUUCAGACCCUGUACAUCCUGGUGUACCUGCGCUACUGUCCGCAGAAGCGUGCCGUGCUCCUGCCCACCGCAUCCCUGCUGGGGUUCCUGCUGCUGGGCUAUGGCUACUUCUGGCUCCUGGUGCCCGAGCCUGAUGCCCGGCUCCAGCAGCUGGGCCUCUUCUGCAGCAUCUUCACCAUCAGCAUGUACCUGUCACCGCUGGCUGACCUGGCCAAAGUCAUGCAGACGAAAUCCACACAGCGGCUCUCCUUCUCGCUCACCAUUGCCACCCUCCUUACCUCAGCCUCCUGGUCCCUCUAUGGGUUCCGACUCCAAGAUCCCUACAUCAUGGUGCCCAACCUCCCGGGAAUCUUCACUAGCCUUGUCCGUUUCUGGCUCUUCUGGAAGUAUCCACAGGAGCCAGACAGAAACUACCGGCUCCUGCAAACCUGAAGUGGUCCCCUCCCCAACUCCACGCCAACGUGAUACCAAAGAUGGCUGGUGCCGCUGCCCAGCAGCUCCAUGGGUGCAGCGGGCUAUGGGCACACAGCCACUGGGUGCUCAUAGCGUUCAAAGAAACAGCUUUCCUUAGACGGUCAGGUGGGACCUGGGGGAUGAAUCAUGCCUAAGGCUUUUUUUUGGUUUUUUAAUACACUUUAGAAAUUGUCUUUCUUAAUCUUCAGGUGAUUUUUUUGGAAGGUGCCUUAUAAUAAAAUGGUCUCCACCCUU